AUGGCGCAGCUGUCCAGCCUCUUGUGCAUACUGUUUGCGUUCUUCACUUUGGGAAACUGCUUGACCCCAGCAGAAUGGCGAUCUCAGUCGAUCUAUCAGGUCAUGACAGAUCGCUUCGCCCGAACGGACGGGUCGACGACAGCUCCGUGUCGGCUUGACGACUACUGUGGAGGAACAUGGCAAGGCUUGAUCAGCAAGUUGAGCUAUAUCCAGCAGAUGGGCUUCACAGCCAUCUGGAUCUCUCCCGUGGUUCAGAAUGUGCAAGGUCUCACCGCAGAUGGCAACAGCUACCACGGAUACUGGCAGAACAACCCCUAUGCAUUGAACCGGAAGUUCGGGACUGCCGAUGACCUCAAAGCCCUGUCUGCAGAAGUGCAUCGCAGGGGAAUGUACCUGAUGGUCGACGUUGCCCCAAACCACAUGGCCUCAAUCAGCACCCGCGCCAACGUCGACUACUCCAAACUCUCCCCUUUCAACGAUAAAUCAUACUACCACACGCCCCCCUGCGGCAUCGACUACAACAACGUCACCAGCAUCCGCAAAUGCUGGAUCGGAAGCGACACCGUUUCCCUCCCCGAUCUCCGCACCGAAGACGCACGAGUCCAAAACCUCUGGAACACAUGGGUUUCCCAACUCGUCUCCAACUACUCCAUCGACGGCCUCCGCAUCGACACAGCCCAACAAGUCAACCCCGAAUUCUGGCCUUCCUUCCAAGCCGCCGCCGGCGGCCUGCACAUGAUCGGCGAAGUCUGGCAAGGCAGCCCGGACGUAAUGUGUCCUUACCAAAACUCCCUCCCGGGCCUCAUGAACUACGCAGCCUACUACUGGAUCAUCCAAGCCUUCCAGCGGUCCACAGGAAGCAUGGCCAAUCUCGCCAACGGACUGGCCUGGAUGAAAGCCGUAUGCCGCGACACCACACUGCUCGGCUCCUUCAUCGAAAACCACGACUUACCACGCUACGCGAGCAUGACGAAUGAUGUGGCGCGGAUACAGAACGCGAUUGCGUUUACCAUGCUUAUGGAUGGGAUUCCGAUUAUUUACCAGGGUCAGGAACAGAGAUUUGGAGGGCACGAUGUCCCUGCGCAGAGGGAGCAUUUGUGGCAGAGCAAGUAUGAUAAGAAUGCGGUGUUGUACAAGUUUAUUCGGACGAUGAAUUUGAUUCGGCAACGGGCGAUUCAGCGGGAUGGGAGUCAUGCUACGACUAAGGCUUCGCCGAUUUCCAACGACGCGAACACGAUUGUUGUGCGGAAGGGGACUGCUGGAAAGCAGAUUAUCAGUGUGUACACCAAUCGCGGAUCUGGAUGGAGUGGAGUGGUGAAUGUCAAGGGUACGGCGGCUGGGUUUGGGGCGUUCCAGAAGUUGAUCAAUGUGGUCAAUUGUCGGCCGUUUACGACGAAUCGGACGGGCGAUGUUGCGGUGUCGUUGGUGGCGGGUAUGCCUGCUGUGUUGUAUCCGGUGACGGAGAUGACGGGGAGUGGGAUUUGUGGAUACUGA